UUGGUUUCUCAUCAAUGGAUGAUAGAUACCUUCCAUAGACAUUUUGUAAAGCAGAUGAUACCACGGUAGCUAAACGAUGGAGCUUCAAAUUUUAGAGAAUCAUAUCUCAUCAUUUAUCUGACACGGUUGUUAUUGCCGCCAUCUCGCCGUCAUUGUUGUAUUCCGACCACUUAUCAGUAACAAAAUGAUUUUUUCGACAACCCGAUUUUCAUAUCCUUUUAUUCUGCUGAUGUUCUCAAGUCAUGUCUUGAUAUACUCUGAGGCUGCAAUGGACACAAUCACACCAGGCCAUUACCUGAAUAGCUCAGCAACAAUUGUUUCUGCUGGUGAAAUGUUUGAGUUAGGAUUUUAUCAACCUACGAAUUCAGUGAAUUACUAUAUGGCAAUCAUGUACAAGAAUAUCCGGGAAGAUCGAGUCGUUUGGAUAGCGAACCGGGAUUAUCCGGUUACCGCUUCGGCCUUUUUCUACAUAGGUGACGACGGCAACCUUGCGAUUAGGCAAGGUAGGAUCAUUUACAUGGUGACAGAUUUGAAAUUAGCCAAUGCAAACGUGAGUGCUACAUUGCUUGAUUCGGGAAAUCUUGUUUUGAGAGAUGAAAAUUCUAGCAUCUUAUGGCAGAGCUUUGAUUUCCCUUCCCACACUUUCUUGCCCGGGAUGAAACUCGGAUACGAUACGAGGAUCGGGAAAACUUGGUCAUAUACCUCAUGUCGGAGUUAUAAUGACCCGAGUCCUGGAAAUUUUACCUUCCAAUUGGAUCCCGGACCUGAGAAGCGGCUCGUGAUCUUGAACGGAGAUGAGAUAUACUGGAGAUCAACUAGGCCAUGGGGAGAUGAAUCCAGGCUUUUCGAAUUCCCUCGUGAAACAAAGAUGGACAUGUACAACUUCAACUUUGUUUCCGAAUCCGAUACAUCUUAUCUCACGUACCAACUCUAUAGAACAGACAUGGUUAGUCGGUUUACGCUUCAUGCAACUGGACAGUUGAGACAAGUCCUAUGGUUAGACAACGAAUGGACUUUGUUGAACAGUCAACCGAGAGAAGAGUGCGACCUAUACGCUUACUGUGGAGACAAUUCGAGCUGCAGCAAAGUUUCAUUACCGUUUUGUAGCUGUUUACCUGGAUUCGAGCCAAACAAGGCUGAGCUUUGGAACAAUGGAGAUUUCAAAGAAGGUUGCUUUAGGAAAAAUGAAUUACAGUGUGGCAUUGAACGUCCGGGGACUGCAGAGGAUGGAUUUCAAGAGCUUUCUAAUGUAAAGUUGCCCAAAAAUCAGCGAACUCAAGUGGUUCAAAGCAUUGGUGAAUGCAGGUCAGCUUGCUCCAGUAACUGCUCGUGUUCUGGUUUCUCAUAUACCAAUCGGAAUUGCUCGAUAUGGUGCGGCAGUCUCAUCAAUUUGCAGCAACUUCCAGCUGAUGACAAUUCCGGAACAGAUUUUUAUCUCAAACUGGCAGCUGCAGAUUUGGGGACUAACAAAAGCACAAGAAAUAUUAGGAGAGCAAUUAUUGAGAUAACGACAAUUUCUAUGACAAUUUUUGGUUCAGCGUUGUUCAUUUGGCAAGUGAAGAAGGGAAGAAAUAAGAGAAAAGGGCAAGACCUACUAACAUUUGAUGUUACAAUGAGUCCAGCACAUGCCGAAAACAAACAAUCUAAACCAAGACGACAGGUAGAACAUGAAAAGGAAGUGGAAAUUCCAUUGUUCAGUUUUUCAAGCGUAUCCGCUGCAACAGAUAACUUCUCCUUCUCAAAUAAACUUGGAGAGGGUGGUUUUGGCCCUGUUUACAAGGGAAAAUUACUGAAAGGGGAUGAAGUAGCUGUUAAAAGGCUGUCGAGAAAAUCUGGGCAGGGUUGGGAUGAGUUAAAGAACGAAGCAAUGCUAAUCGCCAAACUCCAACACAAGAAUCUUGUGAAGCUUCUUGGUUGCUGCAUUGAAGGGGAUGAAAAGAUUCUAAUCUACGAAUAUUUGCCCAAUAAGAGCUUAGACUCUUUCCUCUUUGCUACCAAUGCAAUCUUCACUCUACCAUGGGAAUCUCGAGUUCGAAUCAUCCAAGGGAUUGCUCAAGGCCUUCUUUAUCUCCAUGAAUAUUCCAGGGUUCAAAUUAUUCACAGGGAUUUGAAGUCCAGCAACAUUUUGUUGGAUGAGUAUAUGAACCCGAAAAUUUCAGACUUCGGGAUGGCUAGAGUUUACGGAGGCACACAACAAGCAACCAAUCGGAUUGUUGGAACUUAUGGUUACAUGGCUCCGGAGUAUGCUUCGGAGGGCGUCUUCUCAGUGAAAUCAGAUGUAUUCAGCUUCGGAGUUUUGUUGUUAGAGAUUUUAAGUGGCAAAAAGAACACCCGUCUCUAUCUCGGCAAUUCUGUCAAUCUUAUUGGAUAUGCAUGGGAUCUAUGGACAAGCGAUAAGCCACUGGAGUUGAUGAACACUGACCUGCAAGGUAAGUAUUGUCCAAAUGCAGCUAUUAGAUACAUUAAUACUGCACUCCUUUGUGUCGAGGACCGAGCAGCCGACAGGCCGACCAUGUUGGAUGUCGUCAUGAUGUUGGACAACAAACUCGCCAUUAUACCUUCUCCGGUGCGACCGGCUUUCUGGAAUGUCGGAAGUAGAUUGGAUUUGAGUCAGAGGAACCAAGAGAUAUCCGAGAAUAAACUAACAAUGUCGGUGCUUGUCCCUCGAUGA